UUGCAACGUUUCUUGUAGCAAAAAAAAUUAAUAAAAAGAAAUCCAUAAAUUAUAGGCGGCCAACUUCAUGUUUCAAAAAACAUCAAACGGCCAUUUUAAAAUGGUGAUUCUGGAAUUUUAUAAACUUUGCGUCCAUGGAUUUUCUCGAAUAUUUUCUGAUUUUCGUGCAAAUUUAGUGCAGAAAAAGGUUUUGAGACGUUUCUUGUGAUGUGCGACCUUGGAUUUAAUGGAAAAGUGCAAAUUUCCAAAGAAAACAUUGUCAAGGAGAUCAUAAGCCCCUGUUGCUACGUUUUUGUUGUCGCUUGCUGCUUGUGUCGCCCACCGCACGUCGGACGAGUUCGCUACAAGGACGACGUUUCAUUGGUUGAACGACACGUUGAAAGUAGGUUGGUGACGUCACGUGGCGAACCUAUAAAGCCGACCUAAAGCGCGCGUCGCCUCGUAUUCGAGUCGCGAUCCGCAACACGGCAACGUGAAAACAAUUUUCAAAAACACUCAAAAAAUGGCAAGUGAAGCGCAACGUUUGAUUGGAAUAUCGCUUACAAAAAUCGCCCAAUCUCGGUCGCAUCGCGGCGGGGUGAGUUUACACAAAAACCUUUUGGUUGCAACGGUUUUGCAAAAGGCCCGAUAUAUUUUUAUGGAGGAAGCCUACAAUAUGGUACAUUAUCAUCCUGUGCAACAACAGCAAAGAACUCCUGAAUUGCCUGAAGAAGAUUUGGUGGGCCUUACAGCUGAAGAAGCUGGUCUAGAAGCUUCAAACACCGAUUCUCAAGACGCUUCAUGUGUAUGUCAAGACAAGGAAAACUUACCACCGCAACAAGAACUUACUUAUUUAGAUUUGGACAAAAGUAGCAGCAACAAAAACUCACUCAAAAGACGCCGUGCAGUAGCUGAAUGGGAAACUGAAGAAGCUGUCCAGUCAAUUCUACCAAAAAAACUACGCCAAGAUAGUGAAACUAGUAGUAGUGACGAUUCAGUGUUUUUAGACGACGCGACUUUAUUAUCCGACAUAGUGAGCAAAGAAGUUGAAGCUGAACAACGCAGUAGUGGUGCCAUGGAAAUUGAUCGUAUUACGUCACUGGUGUCAAUAUUCAGCUUCAGCAUGGCAGGUGAAGCUGCCAAAAUCAACAGAUCAGCAACUCCGGAUUUGUGUUCGACUCAAGCCAAGGAUACGCCGGACAGUAUACAGCAAAGGCCAUUUCUCGCCAUGACCGUAUAACUAAAAUCAGUGCCCUUAAAACUAUGAUCUCGGUUUAAGUUUUGUUUAACAACGAAAAGAAAAAGGAAAAUGUGAUAUUAAAUUAAUUUUUUUAUCUUUGUAGUGUAAUUAUUCAAAUGAGUACCUCGAACUUUGAAAAACGUGCAUUCCAUUUUUGUUUUGGGGUUGCCCCUCUCACUACCUGAACUUGGUUCAGGUACAAAAGAAAAGGGUCCCUUGUAAUAAGUUGUCAAGGUUCGAGGUCCUUUUUAGACUGUAUAUAAAUUUUAUAUAUAAAUGUAUAUGUUUUUAAUAUAGUUAUUUUAUUUUUUAAAUUAUUAUUAUUAAUUGGUUCCGUUGUAGGAGCUCUCUCCUCUUUAUUUUUUUUGUUUCGAUAAUUAUUUUAUUCUUGUACUAUAGAAUAUUAUUAUUUUAAAUAAACUUUUUAAUAUAUUCAAAUUGUUUUUUGUGUUUUAUUGAGGUUGUUCUAUUGGCUUUUGCUUCCAAU